UUCACAUAUAAAUUUUAGUGAAAAUCUACUAUUUAAUACACUCUAAAUUUCUCCUCAAACUCUCAAACAAACAAACAAACUCCAAUUCUCUCAUUUUCCAGACUCUCUUGAGAUCAACAUGUGUUCUACUUCUAUGUCUGGAAAUUUUGUAUUUUCACUUGCAAUACUUCUUCUGUUGUUGAGCACAUCAUGCUCAGGUUCAAUUCUGAAGACAGAAGCUAGGAUAAAAUCAGCUGUUUUUUUGUCCACUAAAUUUGAGCUAGGACCUGGAUCAGUUAGCAAUAGAUUUUAUUAUGAUAUUGAUUUUCCAAGAGGUCAUAUAGCACUCAAGAGUUUCAAUGCUGAAGUAGUUGAUGAAGCUGGUAUUCCUGUACCUCUCCAUGAAACUUAUCUCCAUCAUUGGCUUGUUGUAAGAUAUCAUCAAAGUAAAUACUCGGAUAGAGUUCAUGUUAGGAACAGUGGCAUAUGUCAGGGAGAUAGUCUUGGACAGUACUUUGGCCUUGGAUCCGAAACACGAGGAACAGCGACUGAUAUUCCGGAUCCUUUUGGAAUUGAGAUAGGUAAUCCUGCAGAGAUUCCGGAAGGGUUUGAGGAGAAAUGGAUGGUUAAUAUUCAUGCUAUUGAUACGCGUGGCGCAGAGGAUAAAUCAGGGUGUACUGAGUGUAAGUGUGACUUUUAUAAUGUUACGGUGGAUUCAUAUGGAAGGUCUAUUAGGCCAGAUUAUAAAGGAGGUUUGUUAUGUUGUUAUGAUUAUACACAGUGCAAGCUGAAGGAAGGUUUUGAGGGUCCAAAGAGAAGCCUCUACUUAAGAUACACAGUGAAAUGGAUUGAUUGGGAUGAUUAUAUAGUGCCUGUUAAGAUAUAUAUAUUUGAUGUGACUGAUACUUUGAAACUAUCAGAUGGUUCAAAAGGAACAAACUCAGAUCAUAAUUGCAAGAAUGAGUAUCAAGUAGAAUCUUGCAGUACAAACAACAAGGAGGAAAAUGGUUGUGUUCAUGUAAUGAAGACAAAUCUCCCAUUACAAACUGGUGGCUAUGUGAUCUAUGCUGUUGCUCAUCAACAUUCAGGUGGAAUUGGAUCGACUCUAUAUGGACAGGACGGUAGGGUUAUAUGUUCAUCUAUACCAACUUAUGGAAAUGGGAAUGAAGCAGGAAAUGAAGUAGGGUACAUUGUAGGAAUGUCCACUUGUUAUCCUCAACCAGGUUCUGUCAAGAUAAUCGAUGGUGAAACUUUAACUCUAGAGUCUAACUACAACAACACCAAAGAACACACCGGAGUAAUGGGGCUGUUCUACUUAUUGGUUGCAGAACAACUCCCAUACCAACACUUUAGAUAUUCUACUCGUUCUUCAUUUUUUAUGGAUGUAAAUAAAUGGUAAUAUAAGCGGAGUGACAUGAUAUUAAAUUACUAUAUGGUUGGUUAAGACUUGAGAGGAAUAAAGACAAGAUUGGAAAGUGUAAUUGGAUAAUUACACUUUUUUCUCUUUGUAUGUAGCUAGCUAUAGGAGUUAAACAAGAGGUGAGCAUAUUCUCUAGUUUUAGUGAUAUACAGUUUGAAUUUUUGGAUUCAUCAACUCUUUCUUGUGUCAUAUAUGAAUAUGUUAUAUGGCUAUGUGAUAAGUAUCAUAUAUGGAUAUAGAUAUGUGAUAAGUUUGUUGGACCAUAGUUUCUUAAUGUAAAGGGGAUUUUCAUUUAUAAUGAAGAAUAUAUCUGUUUCAUUAGAGUACUUA